CCCCUUGACUCACCCGAAUUUUCAUCUUCUUAUCUCAAGUAGAAGUAGUUGGUUUGUUGGAAAGGGGAGAAUUCAUACAUUAUACAUACACAAAAACAGAGAGGAGAAACUAUUCCAUAUCUCAGAUUUUUCAUCUUAGCCUCGAUUGGCUAACCAAUUAAAAAGUUUCAUUGUUUUCUUUCUCCAGAUUAGGUUUUAUGUAUAUUUUAUACAUCAGAUCUUGACAACUUGAAAGAAGGGAAAGAAAAGUUACAAUAAUGGAAAGAGGAAAAGAAAUUGAAGGAGAAACAGAGAAAGGGAAAGCAAUCAAAUUAUCGGGAAAUCAAGUGAGUUACGAUCAAGCGGACUCAAUAUUGUUGGCGCCAUGGGGAGGCACCGGUGGAUCAGAAUGGAAUUACAUGCUGAAAAGUCCUAUUAAAGACAUAUUGAUUGCUCACGGAGAUGUUAUAGACUCCAUCAUGUUCAAAAGCAUUACUGAACAAGGUACUACCAUCGACUCACCAAAGUUUGGUGGGGAUGGAGGUCGAAGAGACAAGGUUGUUAUUGAGGCAACUCCAUUGGAAUAUUUAACAGGCAUCAAGGGGACAUUUGGAUGUUUUUACGGCCAUUCGGUUAUAAAAUCUCUUUGUUUUAUAACUAAUGCAAAGAAUUAUGGACCAUUUGGGUGUGAGGCUGGGGGAACCCCAUUUUCACUUGUGAUGAAAGAAGGUGUAGCUAUUGUGGGAUUUCACGGGCGUUCUGGGUUGUACCUUGAUGCUAUUGGUGUUUAUUUGCAGAAACUUGCUCCUCCCACUUCAGCAAAGGAACCUAUGGUUGAAGACAUUGAAAUCCGUGACGUAUGUUGUGAUUAUUCUCACCUUCUCGUGUCGGUUUCUACUCUUCGCAAGGACACUCUCAAUGUUCUGGAUUUCAUAGAGAGCUUAAAGACUGAAGAAAAUCAAAAAACUGUUGAUGUGGAUCUAACUGAAAAGCUGAUAUUUGAGCUGGACUUCCUCCUCCUGAAUCUCCAUCAUCUUUCCAAGUAUCGUGCGGAACAACUUUCUCCAUUCAUGACCGAAUAUGAGAUUCUUAAGAAUGUAUGUGGCAACAUAAGAGAUUUCCAUGAGUUGAUAGUGAAUGGUUGCGUUGGGCAUGAGAUUGUUGAAUAUGUCUUACCUCAGUUUCAACUAAUGGUUGAGAGAGUAGGACUCUUCCUAUGGCAUAAUCAAAUUGGUGGACACUCUCGCCUCUUAAAGCUAGCACAUCUAUUCUUGGAGAUUAUUCCAACUCAUUUGGAGGUUAUGCACAUAUGUUUUAAAAAUAUAAAAGCUUCAACGUCAACAGAAGUUGGACGUUGUAUUAAGCUGCUAUUGGAAACCUCUCCAUACAUUCUUGGAGGAUAUCUGAUUCAUUUACAAGACCACAUGGUAAAUGUUAGUACCGCUAGCACUUCAGGGGCUCGAAACAUUCAUGUCAUGAUAGAGUUCCUAUUAAUAGUUCUUACUGAUAUGCCCAAGGAGUUUAUUCAUCAUGACAAAUUGUUUGAUCUCUUGGCACAUGUUGGAGAACUUAUCAGGGAGGUAUCAACUCUUGUUCGCGACUUAGAAGUAAAUUCAAGAAAUGAAGAGAGUACUAAUAGAAUAAACCAUGCGACUUUGGACUUGAUGGAAAAUAUUGAACUCCUGAAAGGAGAUCUCAAACAUGUUUACUUAAAAGCCCCAGACUUGUCUCAACUAUGCUUCCCCAUGAGUGAUGGAUCACUCUUCAUGCAUCUUCUACUUAGACACUUAAAUGAUUUGCUCAAUUCCAAUGCUUAUUCAGUUGCUUUGAUAAAGAAUGAAAUUGGACUGGUGAAAGAAGAUCUAGAAUUCAUAAGAUCUAUCUUUGUGCAUGUUAAACAAGAAUUGUAUAAAGAUCUCUGGGCACGUGUUUUAGAUUUGGCAUAUGAGGCAAAAGAUGUCAUUGAUUCAAUUAUUGUACGAGAUAAUGGUCUCUUACAUCUUAUUUUCUUACUUCCCUUUGCCAUAGAAAAGAUCAAUCUUAUCAAAGAAGAAGUCUCCAAUUUACUUGAGAAGAUUCCGAAGAACAGGAGCCUCAUUGUUGUGAAGUCUCCCCCCAAACCAGUUGAAAGCAAGUCAUCAUCAGCGGAGCAAAUAACCGUAGGUUUUAAAGAGGAGACAAAUUGGAUAAUUAGGAAUCUCACCAGUGGACCAAAAAUGCUAGAUGUUAUUUCGAUCACUGGUAUGCCGGGAUCAGGUAAAACUACUUUGGCAUACAAAGUGUAUAGUGAUAAGUCAGUUUCUAGUCAUUUUGACAUCCGUGCAUGGUGUGCAGUCGAUCAAAAAUAUGACGAGAAGAAGUUGUUGGAGAACAUUUUUAAUCAAGUUACUAGCUCAGCUUCGAAAUUCGGUAAAAAUAUUGAUGUUGCUGAUGAGUUACGGAAACAACUAUUUGGGAAGAGGUACCUUAUUGUCUUAGAUGACUUGUGGGAUAACACAACAUGGGAUGAGUUGACAAGACCUUUUCCUGAAGUUGAGAAAGGAAGUCGAAUUAUUUUGACAACUCGAGAUAAGAAAGUGGCUUUGCACGCACAAUGCCACAGUGAUCCUCUUGACCUUCGAUUGCUAAAACCAGAAGAAAGUUUGGAGUUAUUACAGAAACGGGUCUUUGGAAAAGAAAGUUUCCCUGAUGAACUAUUGGAUGUUGGUAAAAUAAUAGUCCAAAAUUGUAAAGGGCUUCCCUUGGUGGUUAAUCUGAUCGCCGGAGUCAUUGUUGGGAAGGAAAAGAAAAAGACUGUUUGGCUUGAAGUUCAAAAUAAUUUGCAUUCCUUCAUUUUCCAGAAUGAAGUGGACGUGAUGAAGGUUAUAGCAUUAAGUUAUGACCAUUUACCAGAUCCCCUAAAGCCGUGCUUCCUAUACCUUGCAAGUUAUCCGAAGGACAAAGCAAUUUUAUUUGAAGCUUUGAGAAGAUUAUGGUGUGCCGAAGGAUUUGUGGAACAGACAGAGAUGAACAGUGUGGAAGAAAUGGUUGAGGUUUAUCUGGAUAUUUUAAUUUCUAGUAGCUUGGUAAUUUCUUUCAAUGAGAUAGGUAAAUACUGGACUUGUCAAAUUCAUGAUCUUGUGCAUGCCUUUUGUUUGAUAAAAGCAAGAGAGGAAAAGUUGUUUGGCUGGAUACGUUCAAGUGCUCCAUCAUCUUUUUCUUCAGAUUUGAUGCCACCUCAGAUGACCAUUUAUUAUGAUAAGGGGCACUUUGGGCAUAUCAAUUUUUUCCUAUUCGAUUCAAAAAAGAAAAGGCAUUCUGGUAAACACCUAUAUUCUUUGAAGAUAACUGGACACAAGCUGGACAAUCGUCUUUAUGAUAUAUGUCACCUAAGACACUUGAGGCUUCUUAGAGUGUUGGAAUUGUAUGGCUCUUUUAUCAAGGUGAAAGAUUCUUUGCUCAAUGAAAUAUGCACAUUGGUUCAUUUGAGGUACUUAGACAUUUGUACAGAAGUUAAAUCUCUGCCUUUGUCUUUUUCAAACCUCUGGAAUCUGGAAACUCUGCUGGUGAAAAACGACGGACCGCCCUUGGUACUAGUGCCGACAAUUUGGAAUCUUGUAAAAUUGCGAGUGCUGGUCAUAGAUGAGUGUUUAUUUAAUUUGGAUACAGAUGAACCAAUACUGGUAGCAGACAACUCAAAGUUAGAGAACUUGAGAAUAUUAGCGGGACUCAAGCUUUCCUAUUCGAAAGACACAGAGGAUGGUUUCAAAAGGUUUCCCAAUCUUCAACGGCUUAAAUUUAAUCUCAAGGAAUCAUGGGAUUGUUCAACAGAGCUAUAUUGGUUCCCGAAAUUGGACUUCCUUAAGGAACUGGAAUUCCUCAAAGUAAAGUUUGAAAGUUCAAAUACAAAUGAUAUUGCGCUCUCUGUAUCGACAAGUCGGCUGUGGGAUUUUCACUUCCCUUCUAGUUUGAAACUAUUGAGUUUUCUUGAGUUUCCUCUGACAUCUGAUUCACUAUCAACAAUAGCAAGACUGCCCGAGCUUGAAGAGCUGUACCUUGUAGCCGCAAUCAUCGAGGGGAGAGAAUGGAACAUGGGGGAGGAAGACACCUUCCAAAAACUCAAAUGUUUGACAUUGCAGCGAGUGACUCUUGCUAAGUGGGAGGUUAGAGAGGAAUCCUUUCCUGCGCUUGAGAAAUUACAACUGUUGGAAUGUCCUAAUAUUGAGGAGAUUCCGCCUAGUUUUGGGGAUAUUGGUUCAUUAAAAAGUAUCGAACUAUGGACGUGCCCUCAACUUGAAGAUUCCGCUUGGGAAAUUAAGCAAUAUGUUGAAGAUAUGAUGGGAGAAGACAGGAUUCAGGUCCUUGUUCGGAAUGAGUCUUGAAUACUCUUACCUUGGGAAAAAUAUAGAGCAUGUAAGGAAUACAUCCAGCUUUAGAGGCUAAAGAUGAAUCCUCAGACAUCUAUUGCAUUCUCCCUGCUAUUUCCCUCCUUUUCUUAUACUUUGUAUAAUGUAUUGAUAUCAAUUAUUACUAUAGGACUUUUGUCUAAUUUCCCCUCUUUUUUCUUCAUGGAGUUGAGACUGUAUCUUUGAUCAAGAUGUUUCAGUAGGUGCUGCUGUACAACAUUUGGCCUCAUGUGAUAACAGUAAGUGUUUUUAAAAAUCCUCCAGUGCCUAUUAAUACAUCAAUGCAGGAUAUCCCAUCGCAAGCUUCAGACAAAUUGGUGCAAGAAAAAUGUGCUAAUCCUAAUGUGAGUGGGAAAGAUGCAGUAUUGCACUCAAGCAAGAAUUCCACUAUGAAAAAGAAGUUUAAAUUGAGUAUUACAGCUACUGGUAGUUGGGAUAAUAUAAGGGGGAAGAUGAAAAAUUGAUCCAGAUGUGCAAGAGCCACUAAGCUAUCACCUCCUUCACUGAUAAAUUGUGCUUUCAAUACCUUCUGCAGACUGAUCCAUGGCUAUCACCUCCUUCACCGAUGAGCACGCUUCUCCUUCAAAAAUCUUAAAAAGUAUUGAAUUUGUCGGGGGUAAUGGAGGUGCUGGUAGCAUCAAGAAUAUCAACUUUCCUAAAGGUUAGUCUUGGGAAUGUGGAAGCCUAUCUCCUUAGCGUUCUGAGAAAUGUUAUUUUCAAGCUCAAUGAAGGUUGAGCAGUAAACGGAUGGUGGUUCCAUCUCUAAGGUGAUAAGCGCAUACUACAUGGAGGGUGAUUUCAAGUUCAAGGAAGACGUUCAAAGUUGUGGGAAUGUACAAAGCAGCGGAAGCCUAUCUCUUGAUGCAUAUAUACACUUAGUGUUCCGAGAAAUGCUAUCAUAAUAUGGACUAAUCAUGUUGGAGUCUUGAUGUUGAAUACUUAUACAGACGAUGAAUUCACUCUAACAUAACAGAGAAGAAAGGGUAGAUGGUGGUGCAAUUUCAGCUGUAAUGAAGAAAAUUCAAAUUCUCCAGCCUUUGUACCUACCGCGGUGGCUGCCAGUGUUGAGCAACAAGUUGAUGCACAUGGAUGGGAUGAAAAGAAAAAGAAGUACAGGUGGAUGAAUUUGCAACAAGUGCAGCUGUAGUUUCUGUUGCAGCUAGCUCUACAUUUUUAGAUAACUUAGCUGCUACUCUUGCUCCGCUAGCUCUACAUUUCUUAUUUGGCAUGGCUUGAAUUGUUUGCAUAUCAUAUGUUACUCCUCAAGUCCAGAUAAAGAUCAUAUCCUAAAGAAAUGCAGUCGAUCGAAGCAUCCACGUAUGCUGCAAAUGGUAUGCAUCCUUCAAUGCCAUUUAUUCAUUGUAGGCGAGAGCAAUGAUGAUAAGUUGUGAAUACAAUCCAACGAUAAUAAAUAAAAGAGGCAGACUAAUAAUGCUUUUCCAUUA